UUCAGCUAAGAAGCAAAAGCGAGCAAAUAAGAUUGUGGAUAUCUAAUUUCAAAAAACAGAUUGUAGAAAGCAAUGUCAGAGUAAUUCAAAAGAAAUGAACGUUUCUUUGACUUCCUUCUUGUGGUUGAUUGUAUUCCUUGCAGAUCAUGGAUUAUGUUUUGAAGAUUGCAACACAACGACAUGUGGGAGCUACGGCCCAGCCGUCCGGUUUCCGUUCCGAAUCAGAGGCAGGCAACCACGCCACUGUGGCUAUCCUCAACCUGAGUUUCACCUUUCUUGCUCUGCGAAGAACGACACCGUUCUGGAGCUGACUACUUCAUGGAAACUCUUCAUCCAGAAAAUUGACUAUAAAUCUCAAGUUAUUUAUGCUAAUGAUACAGAGGGUUGCCUUCCAAAAGGGCUUUUGAAUUUCAAUAUUUCUCUUUCUCCCUUCCAUUUUAUGGGGUAUAGUUAUGAACGCACCUUAUUCAAUUGCUCUUCAAGCAGAAGUUAUGGCCAAAUCCCCUGUCUCAGCACUCCACAAUAUCAAGUCUGUGCGGUUUAUUCAGAUAGCUCUGUUGGUGACUUGGACCUCUUGUCUUGCACGAAAAUACGUGAAGUUUCACCAAUUCCAAAUCGUUAUCUCUAUUCCCAGGAAAGUAUUAUUGGUUUGAGAUGGGACAAUCCCAAGUGUAAACAUUGUGAAGUUAAAGGCAAGUACUGCAGAUUGAACACCAACAGUACUUUGUCUGAAACUCAAUGCUACGGCAGGCUCACGCCACGCAAAGGACAAUCAACCAAAUUUAUAGAAACAGGUGGAAUCCUAGGUUCACUUCUUCUUGUAGUAGCAUCCAUUCUACUCUACCGCAAAUACAGGUUCAACAAAACAGAAAGAGAAUAUCAGUCCAAGAUUGAAAAUUUUUUAGAUGACUACAAAUCCUUCAAGCCUACUAGAUAUUCCUAUGAUGAUAUUAAGCGGAUGACUAACCAAUUCAAAGACGAAUUAGGCCAAGGAGCUUAUGGAACUGUGUACAGAGGAAAGCUAUCAGACGAAAUUCUGGUAGCUGUUAAAGUCCUCAACAGCUCCACAGGAAAUGGAGAGGAGUUCGUCAAUGAAGUUGGAACUAUAGGUAAAAUCCACCAUGUCAAUGUGGUUCGCUUGGUUGGAUUCUGCGCUGACGGGUUUCGAAGAGCUCUAGUUUACGAGUACUUGCCAAAUGAUACCCUACAAAAGUUCAUCUCUUCGGCAGACACCAAGAACCAUUUCCUUGGCUGGAAAAGGCUGAAAGAUAUUGCUCUUGGAAUUGCUAAAGGAAUUGAAUAUCUUCAUCAAGGGUGUGAUCAGAGAAUCCUCCAUUUCGAUAUCAAACCACACAACAUCUUGCUUGAUCAUGACUUCAAUCCCAAGGUCUCAGAUUUUGGAUUGGCUAAGUUAUGUGCUAAGGAUCAGAGUGCAGUGUCCAUGACAACAGCUAGAGGGACCAUUGGCUAUAUUGCACCUGAAGUGUUCUCAAGGAACUUUGGUAAUGUAUCCUGCAAGUCAGAUGUUUAUAGCUUUGGGAUGUUAGUGUUAGAAAUGGUCGGAGGAAGGAAAAUCGUCGAUGUAACAGAAGAAAAUGAUGAGCAAAUAUACUUCCCGGAAUGGAUUUAUAAUCUCUUAGAAGAAGGAGAAGAUCUUAGGUUCGAGAUAGAGGAAGAGGGAGAUGAUAAAAUUGCAAAGAAACUUGCAAUUGUGGGACUCUGGUGCAUUCAAUGGAACCCAACAGAUCGGCCUUCAAUGAAAGUUGCAGUUCAUAUGUUGGAAAGGGAAGGAGAGAAUCUACCAAUACCUCCCAACCCAUUUAGCUCUGCAGUUCCAACAAGAAUGAAUGCAAGAAGAACAAGGAGACAGCUUCACCAAGAGUUGGAGGCCAUCUCAGAAGCAGAGUAAAUUCAUAAAUUGAGUGUUUGGCUUACUAGUUAUGACUUAUUUAAUCUGCCUAUGAACUUGUUUACCUAAAAUUUAGCAAUUACAACCAGCCUACCAGCUGAGCUCAUAGACUGAUUGAACUGAAGCUGAUGCAUAUAUAUGUAUAUUUUCGGAAUUUAUGCAUGUAAUCUCAAAAUCCCAUCAACUGAUAUGUUGAUUUUUAGAUUUUCCUGAAUGGAUAUGAAGCCUUUAUAAUCUAAAGUUCGAGAAUUAGUUGAGUCAA